UAGGUUAUGUGAACAUUGACCAAGAUGUUUAAUGCAUCGCCUCCAGGAUACCAACCCACGACCACCCAACCCGGCCCAACCCCCCAAAACGGAGGAUGGAUGAAUUUUCCGCAACAGAUUCCCAAUUGUCCAACAGGACUGGAAUCCCUUACCAUGGUUGAUCAACUACUGGUUCAAAAAAUUUACGUGGAAGAACUACACCGAGACGGAUUCUUAAUAAACAACAGCAGUGGCCAAAAAGUUUAUUACGUUGAAGAAGACUCGGACGGCUCCCUCUUGCAAGGACUUCGACCGUUUGACAUGAAGAUUUUUGAUAAAUACAUAAACGAAGCGAUACAUUUGUAUCGGCCGCUUGCCUGCCAGGGGUGCUUUUUCCCAUGUUGCAUGCAGAGCAUCGAAGUCUUAUCUUCCCCGGGAAUCGUUGCGGGUAGAGUCGACGAAGAAUGGAGCAUUCUCCUGCCGAAAUACGCCGUCAAAAAUGCCAGCGGCGAAACCGUUUUGAGAAUCGAGGGCCCGUUUCGUAAAAACCUUUGCUGCGGUUCCGUCAAGUUCAAAAUAAUGUCGGCAGAUGGCCGCGUUCAGGGCAAAAUCUCUUGGUAUGAAUUAGGUUCACGGAAUGAUGCAGACUUUGUGAUCACCUUUCCCAUGGACCUGGAUGUGAGCAUGAAAGCUGUUUUGCUGGGAGCCUCAUUCUUAAUUGUAACUAUUAUUUAUAUAUUAGUGGGUGUUUAUUUUUACUAAUCGAUUUAAUUCUUUUACAGAAUGCAGUGUACUUCGAACAUCAACCAUAAUACUUUUCAGGUAUUCAUUUUGCGACUAUAUUAAAUAAAUAUACCUACCU